AUGAAAUUAUGUAUUAUUCGUUUUAAUUCUUUAGAAAGAGAAAAAGGCAAAACUGUUGAAGUUGGUAGAGCAUAUUUUGAAACCGAGAGAAAGCAUUUUACUAUAUUGGAUGCACCUGGUCAUAAAAGUUUUGUGCCCAACAUGAUUGGUGGAACUGCUCAAGCUGAUUUAGCUGUUUUGACGACUGAAACGAUUGAUACCGGGAAUAUGGUUGUAAUUUUUCUACCGCAACGGAUAUUGAUACGCAUCGAAUAUUGGGAUAUGGUCGAUAGGGUGAACGCCGCGAAAUACAAUCAACGGCCAUGUCCCUUGGUAAAUUGUACUGACCAGAAUUAUUUGGUUUGGGGACAAGAAAGUCACUUGAUCACCAGGUUUGAAAUGGACGACGGCGACGAAUACUACGUGUUAACGACAUGCAGCCUCGACGAAGUACACCGGUACAACGGUCUUACCGUAUUCUUCUACAGCCCGUCGCCAUGGCGCGAAAUCGUAAGUCUAAUUAAUAAUGCUCCAAAGUAG